UUCAGUUCGAGAGCUCGCAAAGUAAAGCCGUUCGCAUUCAUUCGCGCCAGAAUGUUUCAACUGUUGCUCGUUUUUGUACUUUUCACCGGCAUCGCCUAUUACGUUACGUUCCGUCGAUCUCGAAAGCGUCUCUACGAGCUAGCUGCCACAUUUCCAGCCCCUUUCGACUUACCUCUGAUCGGUAGUACCUACAUAGGCUAUGGGCUUAACUCCACGGGGAUAGUCGAAUAUCUUAUGCCGUAUCUGCACACCUUGAAGACGCCAAUCCGCGCCUGGAUGGGCCCAUUUUUGGGUCUCGUGUUUGACCAGCCGGACCACCUGGCAGUGAUUUUGAACUCGCCAAAUUGUGUUGAAAAAUCCGUGUUUCAAAGUUUCUUCCGGUUUGAGAAGGGCCUGCUGAAUGUUGAGCAUCACCUAUGGAGACCCCUACGGAAGCAGCUUGGACCACCGCUUUCCGGCAAAGUGGUGGGCACUUUCGUCCCGAAAUUUAACACCGAAUCCGACAAGUUAGUGCAAUAUUUGGAUCAAUUCGUCGGGAAAGGCGCAAUCAAUUUACUACCGAAAGUCGCCGCCUAUUCUAUGGCGGGCGCGCUGGUUAAUUUGUUCGAUGUGGACAUUUACGUUGAUGAUUUUAGCUUUAUGGAAGAGUUUGCAGACAAUACGGAAAAAAUGUGGAUCAUCAUGAUGAGCCGGGUGUACAAACCCUGGUUGUAUCCGGAAUUUAUUUAUCGGUUGACGUCUUCGUACAAGGAAGAGACUCAAAGAAUGGCUAGGUUGCGAGCACUGUCACAAGAGAUCUGCGAUGCUCGAAAAGAAAAACAAGGAAAGCAAUCGCCCAAAGACGACCAUGCCACUAGCCGCGAGAUUCUAAUCGAACGUUUGGAGCGUAUCGCUUUCAACACGGAGGAAAUAGACCAGGAAACAUUGAUGGCCAAUAUCGAUACGUUUAUGUUUGCUUCAAUGGACACCACCUCCAACACGAUUGCCCACACCUUGCUGAUGAUGGCCAUUCAUCCAGAAGUGCAGGAACGAGUCUACCGAGAAGUAACCCAUGUUGUCCCAGGCGGUCAAGUCACGCUGGAAGAUCUCCCAAAUCUAGUUUAUCUGGAUCAGGUCAUCAAGGAAUCGUUGCGAAUUAUCCCCGUUGCCGCUCUAUUGAAUCGCACUUGUGUGAAGGAAUUGCAGGUCGACCGGUGGACCAUUCCGGCUGGAGCCACGAUUGCCAUUCCGGUUCUGAAACUGAACCGCGAUCGAGCUAUUUGGGGAGAGCGUUCGGAUGAGUUCGAUCCGGACAAUUUUCUGCCGGAGAGAUGCGCCAAAAGGCAUCCGUACGCGUACAUUCCAUUUGGCGGUGGAGGCCGAAACUGCAUCGGAAUACGAUACGCGUGGAUUUCAAUGAAGGUGCUUCUUGUCAAGUUGGUCAAACAAUAUCGGUUCGAGACGGAUUUGAAGCUGAGCGAACUCAAACUAGAAGCUUCUUUUAUUCUACUAUUGGCUAAUAAGCAUAUGAUGCGGAUUAAAAGACGAUAAAUUGGAAAAUUGGUAACUAUUUAAUUCAUAUUGAUCAAAAUAAAGAAUAAAGAAUCAAUCACAUCCAUAAUUAAAGAUUAAACUUGUUUA